UGUGCUGGUAGAGUGGAGGUUCUUCAUAGAGGUCAGUGGGGAACAGUGUGUGAUAAUAGCUGGGCUAUGCCUGCUGCUGCAGUGGUGUGUAGAGAGCUGGACUGUGGAGAACCUGUAGAUGCUCUGGGUCUUGCCCAUUUUGGUCAAGGAUCAGGACCAAUCUGGAUGAGUAUUUUAACAUGUUUAGGAACAGAGUCUACACUGAAGAACUGUGGAUCAGCAGGAUGGAAUAAACCUGUCUGCACUCAUAAUCGUGAUGCUGGUGUAAUAUGCUCAGGUCAUAAACGCUCCAGACUUGCUGAUGGGUCUAAUCUUUGCUCUGGGAGGUUAGAGAUACUUCAUGAUCAGACGUGGAUGUCAGUGUGUGAUACUGUCUUUGACCAGCAGGAUGCAGAGGUUGUGUGUAGAGAGCUGGACUGUGGGGCUCCUGUACAGGUGCUGGGAGCAGCUGCUUUUGGCAAAGGAGACACUCAGAUGUGGACACAAGAGAUUCAGUGCAGAGGAAAUGAAUCUCAUAUUUCAUUCUGUUCAGUAUCAUCAUCCAACAAACACAACUGCAGCAGUGACAACAUUGUGGGACUGAUCUGCUCUGGUUACACUGAUCUCAGACUGAUGAAUGGCUCAGACACUUGUUCUGGAAGAGUGGAGCUUCAGUUUCUCAAAGAGUGGGGCACAGUGUGUGAUGCAUGCUGGGAUAUGAGAGCUGCCAAUGUCCUAUGUAGACAGCUGAAUUGUGGGAUAGCUGUGUCUGUUGUGGGAUCAGACUGGUUUGGAGAGGGAAGUGGUGAGUUCCUCUCUGGCUCUUCAUGA